UUGACCGGGGGCUCUACAUGGUGCACCAGCGCUAGUUCGCAGCCAGCUGUGUUUUCCUGUGUCGUUUCUGCACAUUGUGUGUGGCGGUGCUUCAUAUGCAGAGAGGAUGUGGUUUAUUUAUUUACUGAGCUGGCUGUCGCUAGUCAUCCAGAUCUCCUUCGUCACUCUAGCGAUAGCUGCUGGCCUUUACUACUUGGCCGAACUAAUAGAAGAAUACACAGUAGCCACCAGUCGAAUAAUAAAGUACAUGAUAAUGUUCUCGACCGGUGUGCUGGCGAGUCUCUAUCUCUUUGAGGGCUUCCCAGUGGUGAUGGUCGGACUCGGCCUCUUCACCAACCUGGUGUACUUCGGCCUCCUGCAGACGUUCCCUUACAUCCUGCUGAGCUCCCCGAACUUCAUCCUCUCCUGUGUGUUGGUGGUGGUGAACCAUUAUAUGGCCUUCCAGUUUUUUGCACAGGAGUAUUAUCCAUUCUCGGAGGUGCUGGCCUACUUCACCAUCUGCCUGUGGGUGAUCCCCUUCGGCUUCUUCGUGUCACUGUCGGCGGGAGAAAAUGUGCUUCCGUCCACCAUGCAACAAGGAGAUGACGUGGUGUCUAAUUACUUCACCAAGGGCAAGAGGGGGAAGAGGUCCGGGAUCCUCCUCGUGUUCUCGUUCCUCAAGGAGGCCGUGCUGCCCAGCCGACAGAAAAUGUACUGAAGGGCUCAAACUCGGCGGGGGUCCAGCGGUGUGUGUGUGUGUGUGUGUGUGUGUGUGAGAGACUAAGUGUUGGAGAUGAAGGGGAAGCAGGAUGGACUUUGGAAAUGUGUUUCUGAAUGGGACUAAAAUGAAACGGUGGAAGAAGAGCAGAUGAAGAGGACGGACACACGAGCAGAGCCGAGCUCGCUGCUGGACGAGCCCACGAGUUCCACAGGCCCAUGUUCGUCCGUCUUUAUUGUUCCGUCUGUCUGCAAACAUCUCCGAGAGACGUCUCUGGAGGGAUCUUGCCCGUAGCGUCAUGUUGGACUCCUCAUCCAUUUUUUUUUUUUUUUUUUACCAAGCUUUGGUAUUUAAAUCCGCAUGUCCAAGGUCAACCACCAUCUUCCUACCUGUACAUUUUGACUUUGGCAAAUGCAUCAUUUUCACACCAAAAAAAAUUAGUUUCCCGUGGGACGAGAGCCGCCAUCGCUUUAAACGACGUGCGACUAGUGAGGAGCACGUGUCACGUCUCCCCAGAUGAAGACGGUUCGAGACCACGGAACUUUUUUUAAAGGUGACUUUUAAGCGAAGGGAGCGCAGUCUGACGGCUUCGGACCGAUGAAGACGCGAUUAUAAAUACUCUUCUUCCUGUCGCGUCACAUCGAUGAAAAGGAGUUGAAAGCCCUUAAAUGAAAGUGAUCCACUAUGAAUACGUCUGUCCGGAUCGUGUGCCCAAAUGAACGAUCGGGAAUUAAUCUCGACAUCGGACGACUAAAAACACUCGUGAUGUACAGACUCUCGGAAGCUGACGUGCGUCGGGGGACAACAGCUGCUCAAAGCGGUUUGAGGAAAGUGCGAUUAAAGAGGCUGCCAUUCUCUUUACCAAUUGCAGAGUGCAAUUCUUUGUAGGCUGGUAUGCACACAACAUGUUUAAUAAAAAGAUUUUGUUGAAGUAAC